CUUAACCCUCCAAAUUUCACUUCACUACCCUUUUACUUGCCUUCAUUCGUCUCCUUUUCUUCCCCCUCUCUCUAUCUACAUUAUCAAAUUUAAGCUUCUUAUUAACACAUAAAUGGCUAGCCAAGAAAUCAAACUUCAUGCCAUUGUUAUCCCUCUAAUGUCUCAAAGCCAUCUAAUCCCCAUGAUUGACUUAUCCAAACUCUUAGCACAAAGAGGCCUUACUGUCUCCAUCAUCACAACCCCACUUAAUGCCCUCCAUUACCAACCAAUACUCAAAUCACCCAUUAACUCAAACCUCCAAAUUCACCUUAUUCCUCUUCAUUUUCCAUGCAACGACGUCGGUUUGCCUCAAAAUUGUGAGAACCUUGAUAGCCUACCAUGUCCUAAAUUAAAAACAAAAUUCCUACAAUCAAGCUAUUUACUCCAAAACCCAUUAGAGGAUUACCUUGUAAAGGUAAACCCAAGUCCUAGUUUUAUUAUAUCUAGUCUUCCUUGGACUCAUCAUGUUGCACAAAAGUUUAAUAUUCCAAGAUUUGCUUAUCAAGGUGUUUCUUGUUUUACCCUCUUUUGUUCACAUAAAAUGAUGGUUCAUAAAGUGUAUGAAAGUGUAAAAUCUGAUUUUGAACCAUUUUAUGUUCCUGAAAUCUUGGAUAAAGUUGAGUUUACUUAUGCUCAAUUGCCUAAAAUGAUGAAGAAAAAUUGUAGUAUUGAUGAUUGUGAUGGUUUGAAGCAAAUUCAGGAUCAGUUUAAGGAAGCUGAAUCAUCUGCUGAAGGUUUGUUGGUGAAUAGUUUUGAAGAACUUGAGUUAGACUAUGUGAAAUCUUAUAAAAAUGUGAUGAGGAAUGUUUUGUGUGUGGGCCCUCUUUCUAUUUCAAGUAAAAUGAAAAAUGAGGGAAAUUUUGAAGGGCAUUAUUGCUUAAAGUGGCUUGAUUUGAUGAAGCCAAAAUCAGUUCUUUAUGUUUGUUUUGGUAGUCUUUGUCAUUUGAUGCCUAAACAAUUGAUUGAGCUUGGAAUGGGAUUAGAGUCAUCUAAUUGUCCAUUUAUUUGGGUUAUUAGAGAUGUUGAUUAUAAUGAGGAUGUAAUGAAAUGGCUUAAAGAUGAAAACUUUGAGAGUAGGGUUCAAGGAAGAGGACUUAUAGUCAAAGGGUGGGCCCCACAAGUAUUGAUAUUAUCUCAUUCAGCUACUGGAGGAUUUUUGACUCAUUGUGGAUGGAAUUCUACUUUAGAAGCUAUAUGUGCUGGUGUGCCUAUGAUUACAUGGCCAAUGUUUGCUGAACAAUUUUUUAAUGAAAAAUUUAUUGUUCAAGUGCUAAAAAUUGGGGUUAGAAUAGGGGUUGAGGUUUCAAUGCAAUGGGGAGAGGAGAAAAAUGAUGGGGUUUAUGUAACUAGAGAAUGUGUGAAGAAUGCUAUUGAGAAACUUAUGGAUGGGUGGGAGAUAGGACAAGAAAGAAGACGUAGAGCAAUAGAAUAUGGGGAAAAAGCAAAAAGGGCAAUAGAAGAAGGUGGUUCUUCAUACUUGAACAUUACUUCAUUUAUCAAGCAUGUUCAAGCAACCAAUGCAAACAAGUGACAACAUGCAUGUACAUUGAAUUAUGACAAUGAAGUAAUUUGCCCAAGGUGAAAUGUAUUACUUCUUGGAAAUGUAUUACUUCUUGGAAGUGUUUUUCAUAGAUUAAUAAAUGUAUAAUUCUACAAGUUAUUUACAAAAAUAUUGAU